GGCGAGGUCACCUAGCUACAUAGAAACGCGGGAGCUUUCCAAAAUGGCGCCUAUCAACAAAACGAAGCUCAAAGAAUAACAACAAAAUUGACACUCGAUAAUAAAAGAAAAUUCACCGAGUACAAAAUGAGCCAAAGAACUUUAAAAACUCAAAGUGCUCGGAGCUUAACCGGCGGGGAAAGUGGAAGGAAUGUCUUUCAAAAUACAGACCAGGGCAGGUUUAAUCCAGUGCAGAUGUCAUUCCAGCAAGAACUAUCCAGGUUUCUCAAGUAUGUCACCAGGAAGGCGGAGCUUGGGCCGCGAUGGAGAAAACCUGAUGAGGAAGCAUAUGCCAGAGGAUCCAAUACAUUGUUCAACUUGUGGAACAAUUUUGAGCAGCGCCUGCCGCAUGACUUCUUUGUGCAACAAAUGAUUGCUACAGGAGACUAUCUAGUCAGCAUUAGGGAGUACAAGAUUGCUCAGUGUCAGUGUUAUGGGCGCUAUCUGAGCAGCAUCAGGGGGUUAAACACACUGGAGUCCUGUUCAGACUACACCCUAGAAAGCUUCAACAAUGUCUAUCUUCCUUCUGGUAUCGAGGCUGCCACUGCAGAAAUUGCACUUAGAGCUCUCCUUGGGGAAUCUAUCAGUAGCUAUCAUGUGGUUAUAGCAGAGGAUCCUAAACUGCAGAAUCCUGAGACUGUCAGCCUCUCAGUUGAUAUAAUGAAAAUCUUGAGACUGAUCACACAAGCUGCCCUUCAUAAGGAAUCUUUCUGUUGGCUUGUUUUUAAUGGCACUGUUCACAUUUACUCUAUAUCAAGGCAUCUUAUGGCUUUGGGAUACAGCAACAAGGUGCUAGAAUUCUUGCAGUGGGCCUGUAUGUGUAUGGAAUCCUCUGUGCCCUUGAUGACCGUCCGUUACCUUAUAUGGCGCAGCACCCUAUAUGCUGCCGCCUGCCAGUGUUACUAUGAUAUGAAAGCCGCCAAUCACGCAGAGAGCUUUGCACGCAGGGGGCUUACCAAAGUAAAUGAGUUGGAAGACAUUGAAAGGAUGAGCACGUCUGAUGCCACACCGAUGGUGGCUAGGGCGUUCCGUCAGGCCAAAACUAGGAUGCAGGUCAUGGUGUUCAAGAGGGUGGUGUUUGAGACCAGGAAGAGGCCUAAGGGAUUACUAAGGCCAAAGACAAAGCCAAACCUGAAAGACACUGUCAAUCAACCCUGGCCACGGACACCCACAGAACGCCUUCUGGCCGACCAGUUUACAGGAACUGCUGCUCAAUUCCUGGCCAUCCUUGAGGCCCUCAGUGAACCCAACAGGCGCACACUACACUGCGAGGCUCCAGCCUCUGAUGCGGAAGAUACUAUCACAGAUGUAUGCGCUGAGCUGUUCUUUGCUGGUAUGGAGCUGAUAGCUGGAGGUGGUGGUCCACGGCAGACACACGCUGCUAAGCAUCAACAGGAAAUCCAUCCAUCUGUAGUGGACUUUGGUGCACAAGGACUUAUGGCACUUGUCCAGGAGGGAUCCAAUGGAAUUCCUCUGCAGGCUGUUGUAAAAUUUGUCAAACAGGCAUUCAGCUAUGAGCAAUGGGAAACAUUCAAUACCCUGAUAAGUCCAACCCUAGAACUUUUAAAACAAAUGACGGACAGCACAGGCCUAAUGGACACUAAAACCCUGGAGCUUAUGGCUGCCUUAGAGCCAUUCUUCAGCAGCACGCCAAAGCCCAAGAAGGCAGCAGUCACGACACAGGAUGAAUCAGAUAGCCAUACUCAAGGAAAGGGUGGUUUACACUUGGAUGACUUGAUGAAACUUGCUGACACGUUACACUCCUGCUCUGUGGAGCCCUACAAGUCUAUCGUAGGUCACAUGGACCCAGAUAUGGUAAUAGAUGCUGCGCUGUUCCUGUGGUCCAAGUGCAAAAUUCACUUUCAAAGAGUCGUCUCCUCAUCCAUGGAGGGCUGUAAAUUCGUCCUCAAUGAUCAAAAUGCUGAUAAGUGGGUUCACAUGAUUACCGUAGUACACACUGCCCUAUCUUGGAGUGACGCAUGCACGUUUGACCCGAUCCUGUUCGCCGAGGUCGCGCUCAAGCUAGCUCUAGUCUUGGAAUGCAAAGCAGCCAACUUGGCGGACCACAGUGGUGGAGAAGUGGAGUCACCAAAGCCAGCACUAACGGCAGAGGAGAGAAAGGACAAAGUGAGUACCGAUGCUGCUGACAAGCCAAGCACUCCUAGAUCAAACACCGCAGCCUCUGACCACUCACUCCUGCUAGCAGGAGAGGGAUAUCCCCCUGGAGUUCGGGGGGUCCUUACCAAGUCCCGUGACAUCCUGCGCCAGGCGUAUGAGGGGAUGGUGAAAGCUAGAGACUCUGUGAUAGACAGCAGCGGUGAAACCAUUGCCGACAUUGCAUGGAUAAAGUCACCUAGCCCUACCCUGAGGGGUGACGGAGCACCCACCGCCAGUCUGAUGGAUACAAUUCUAAAAGCCCUGCAUAUGGAGCUGUUAUUCGUACAUCAUCGAGUUGCACUCAAACUUGUAGCACUUGGAUCAGAUCCCAGAUCCCAGCGCUCUACAGCUGCAAAGAAACAGAAGCCGGAUAAGUCUGGUACAGCAGCCCCGACGGCUGUCAUGAGUGAUGAAGAAACAGAGUUGAUGGCUUUCUGUGGGAAGAACCCUAUGUACAAGGCACUGUUGCUUAUGCAUCAGGCCAGCCGAGCGACCACUAGAGGGACAGAAGAACAAACACAGCUACUAAAGGAAAGUAUGGAUCUUAUCCAAAAGGCCCAACAGCGAGACAGAAAACUUGCGAGCUGGAACAGACCCUCCUCUGAUGAGACCGCGCCCUCUCCUGAUGUACCACCGGCUCCCCUCCUCCUCUACCGCAGCCCCUCAGUGAUGAUCUUCAGGCCAGCUCCUUACUCCCCGAAAGGAGAAACGGUUGCAUGGUACCGCCUGUUUGGACGAUCAGCUAGUGGCCAUAACGUCAAAGUACGCUUGAACGACUACCAGCUACCUGGGACCGGGGAGGAGAUCCCCGCCACCGACAAAUGCCGCCUGAUGGUCAAGAGCCUGGUACCAAAUGAGAAGUAUGUAUUCGCGGUGGCAGCGUACAACCGUCAGGGGCAGCUGAUUGGCAAGACUAUUGGAUCCAGUAGCAGACCAGUGCUGGCGACACACCCACUGCCUACGCUCAUGGCCUGGGGGUAUCUGGCGCAGACGGCAUACAUUGCUAACAUUCCAAGUGUGGCCAAGGUGGCAUGUACUGUCCUGUGGGAUCAUUUUGUCACGGUCCGUCAACCGACUGAAGAAGAACUGCGAAUCAAAAAGGCGGACAGUGACAUCAAGAUUAAACUGAAGACGUUGAAUGAGGACCGCCUUUUCGAGUCUUCACCCAUCUUGGUUCGCCAGUUCCUGCAGACCUUGUUCAUCUCUGUAGACUUCAGCAUCCGUGAAGGCUUUUUGUACUGCAACUCGCUGUCCGAUAGUGGACCACUUUACAACGGACAGGUGGCGCGUUUGGCUGAGUGUGAGCGCUUGCUGCUUGCUGUCCAGGUGGCUGGCUGGUUGAAUGACACUGCGCUUUCUUUACAAGCAAUCGUCCAGUGUUACGGCCUCUUGGCUCCAAUGGUGCACCAGCAGAUAGCAGCUAAACCAGUUAUACAGAUACUGCUUCGCUGCCAUGCUGUGCUGCAAGAAGUCCCUUCUCUCACCCGUCAUCGCCGACAGACCGCCAUCUCUGACAGCUUGUCACACAUGAUUGCCACAAUGACAUACUUCAUCGCCAAGACAUUGCACAGCUGGGGAGAACCAGGGAUAUCUGGUGCCAUCAUUGAACUCGGCAAAAAGAUGCUUAACCUGGAUACAGCACCGGACAGUGCCGGUACCAUGACAACCAUGCAAGCUGCUGCUGCCAUGGCAACGGCUAAUAUGGUGGGAGGACCACCAGGGAAGAAGAAGCCGGUGGUGAAGAAGCCAAAGCCGCCGAGGGGUAAAGCAGUGGACAAAGAUACCCAGCAAGCACCGGGGGAUGUGAAUCUGGAGGAGAUGAAGGCCCUUGAGGCUUACAUUAUGAAGCUCAGCCAGAAAGCACUGCAUAGAGAUGACGAAGAGCUGAUGGGUACCGAGGACCCCAAUCUGCUCUACUCCUACAUCGCCAGCCUACCAACAAAAGACGCUUACUUCGAAGUGCUGAAAUUCAAGCGCCGUACGCGGUUCCUCGGAUUCUUUGUCCAAGUACUGUCUAAAGCCAUCGAUGAAGGGAUGAUGGAAACCGCUCUGGACUGGACGCACGAUGCCAUGACCUGGGUCAUCAGGCGAAACGAGCUGCUGCUAGCCAACAAGCCGACGAUCGUUCGCACGGCUGCCACAGCCAUCGGUCCUGAAGACGAAAAGAUCAAGAAGUUUGCCAUGGCAAUUGUUGAGUUUGGCAAGCCACCUCAAAAAUCGCAGAAAAGUGAGGCAGCAGAGAGAGAAUUGAACGACCCGGACGAGAUCCGCACCAGAACUAAACUAGAGACAGCCAGGACGUCCAAACCAAAGUCGCUGGUCCCGAGUAUCAUGUCCAGGAAGGCUCGAAAAUAUAAAGGAAAGACCGAUGAGGAGAUAAACUUUGCAAUCGCGGUAGAGAGGAUGCAGACGAUCCUUCCUGACUUCUGGCGCUCCUCUCAGAGGCGUCGCAAGCUUCGUUCUGUCAGCAAUGAGGAGUUACCUUGGCGAGUGCAGUUGAACUACCUCACUGCGAUCUGUAACAUGGAGUUGUUCUUAGAUAAGACUGGAUCAUUGUCCAACGAUUUGGAGCCUUUGUACAGACCUUCCUUGAUGGAUCCUGAUUGGUUCAGCUUUGCCACAUCCGGGACGUUCAUCACAUCCUGGGCUGGCACCUCAGUGGGCCACUCCCCUGACCCCUUCAUGGGCUUCAGCGGAUAUGCCAUGGAUGCGCCGCCGUACGCAUCGCCAGCGGUCACUACUGGACACCACACGCGCACUAUGGCACGACCUUCCCAGCCUGCGACGCAAGCGGAAACACUAAGGGCUGGUAGUCGCGUGACGGCCGUUACAAGUAGCGAGAAGGAUAAUGUAGUCGUGACACGCGCACCGCUCUUCUACCUCGGCAACGUGUUUUCCAACCUCUGUCGAUCAAUAGUACUUGCCCAUCGCGGCCGCUACUGGGCCAUGCUACAGAACGCGUGUCGAUCCUUGUGGAACGCCACUCAGACGGUAUUACAGCGCGUGUCCGCCGGCCUUCUCCGCCUGACAGAUGAAGCUGAGGGAGCCGCUGAUAUAGACCUGCUAAGGGCGGCUCUGUGGAGACCGUUCUUCACUGCUGUCGACUGUUUGCUGGACAUGAUGGUUCAUCUUCAGGACGAAGUCAGACUUGACGCAGAUCAGAACAAGAAACGUGAAAAGCUUAAAGCCGGCGACCUGGACAUCACCGAGUCAUCUGGACUGAUGGGCGGCGUGGAAGACGAGAGGGGAGGCGCCAGCCUACGCUUUGAGAUACCGCUUGACAAUACCACUAUUCUGGACGCGCGCUGGCUUCGCCGGCUCGUAAUGUACACUGUGGAGAUGCUGUUUUACGAACAGAAGUGGGAGCGGACUGUCGACAUCGCGCUCAGGUUCAACGCGCUCAGCAGGAGCCGCUACGCAGAGACACUGAUGCCAGUAGUAGUGGUUGCUCAGCGCAAACUCAUGGAACGCAUCAACGCCCAUGGCGGUCCCUGCCCAUCCCAGCCUCACAUCACCAUCUGCCCCGGUACCGGCACCCCUCAGGGAAUCACCAUCAAACCUACAGAGUACAUGCCUAUCGAGCCCGCAGUGCAUAUAGACCCAGAGGGGCACAACGUGUACAGCGGUAGCACUGAUGCCAUGAGGCUCGUCUCGGUCCCUCUGGACGUAGGGACCAGUCUCCAGACGUUGCGCGAGGCCCUAGACACUAAACACCAUACUGCCCGGGUACUGGAGCACAGCCGGCAGUUACUGUUGAGUUAUCUUGCGGGCCAGCAGGAUGGACGAGCUGCGUCCCGUGGAGGAGGAGUGGGCAUCCGCCGCGGCUCAUCCAGGGUGGGGUUCGUCCCCGCCCAGGUCAAGCCCCCCACCGAUGUCCCCCCCGAUCUGUCCGAGGAAACCUUCGAUGGUCUGGAUGAUAUUCGUUCAUACACUUUACAGCCCGCGCAACUUGCUGUUGUCAUUUCCUCUUACGACAAGACUAUUGAAAUGCUGCAGUUCCGUCAGCAAAGAAGCCUUGCUGCACAAGCCAUGCAUGAGCUGGGAAACAUCAUGUUCCACAGCGGUAACAUCAGGGCCGCUUACAAGUGGUGGGCGGAGGCGUUAGACACCAUCCUCAACACACAAGACUGCCUCAAGACGUGGCGGGACAUAGUGAGUGGAGAGGAACACAAGCAAACUGGUGAAGUGUUACUGCAGCGCUGUGGCAUCUGGGGCUGCCUUCUGGCGGGCGUGCUUGCUGCUAAUAUUGCACAGUACAUUCACACGUCCAACCUGGGGUUACGGCAGGAGUGCUGCCUGCUAUCUGCUGCUUUGUUCAAGGCCCUUUUGCGCUCCUCACUACCGCACCCCACGGACGAUAAAGACUACGCCCUGUAUGAGAUAGGGGCUGGCCACGGAAGUGCAGACCUGCUCCCUGGUGUGGAUCUGCUGUCCGACGUGUUCAGAAGUGAUGGUCGCUCAGUUGUCGCCUCGUUGCGCUGGGUGGCAGAGGAGUUAGCCAGGGCCCAGCACCUUCUUACGGCUCUUCCCCUGGUCUCCCUGUGUCUGUACUUUACUAGCCGUGUAUGCCGGGACGUUCAACGCACUGUCGAUGUGCGCAUAUUAAGGGUCCGUAUUCUGACUGACUUGGGAAUGUUCGCCGACGCUUCUAAGGUUCUCUCAGAUCUGUUGAUCGGUGACGGUCUACCGCGAACCUCAGACGACGGGAACAAGAGCAUCAAAGACAAACAGAAGAUUCCAACAUUCAACAACCGGAAACAAAUCUUAGAUCCUGGCAAUAUAGAGGUCCUGAACGAGCUAUUGGAGCGAAGACUUACACCAGCCUUGUCGUCUCUCUACGGCCAGCCGCUGUCCGGUCAGCUGAGCGUAGCGCAUGCUCACUUACUAGUGGCCCUGUCAUCAUCCAUUAACGUCAUCGCCGAUGACGUCAGAGAAGAGCUACAGCGCUACCAGAACGAGAAGGAAGAGGCUGAAGUCCCGCCCACUCCUCGAGGCGUGAUGCCCCCAGCACCAUCUUUCAUCAAGAAGACGGCUAAACAGAAAUCUUCCGAUGACACCUUGAGCGUUAAGAGCAGCUUUAUUGCGAUAAAGAAGAAGCUUUUGGAUGCGAAAAACUCUACCAGUCUACCAGUCAUCAAGGGGUUCCUUCUGUUCACCGCGGAAAGCAUGCUGGACAAUCUUUGCGAUUCGCUGACCGAGAAGACGGAGGAACAACAAGACUUGGAAGAGGAGUCAGCUCUGAACAUGUCGCCAUCUGACCUGGAGUUGCUAGUAUUGGCCAAGCUUGAGCUCUCCGCCAUCGCCCGGCAGUGUCACCAUUCCGUGACUUCAGCCAGUCUGGUGUACUCCGCCAUGAGGACACUAGAGGACGUCUUCAUACUGAGCGAGCUCGACAUUGACAAAAGGUCACCAUCGCUGUUUAUCACCAGUCCCAUACGGUCAGCACACACCACAGCAAGCCCAACAAUGGUCCACUACCUCGUGGCUCAGGCACGCUGUCGACUUGACGCUCGCCUCUGGCUAACCUGCCGCCUCGCGCUAGCCCUCAGUCUCUCUGGAGAGGACAGCGGCAUGGGAAAGCUCGGUGGCACAACCCGCAGUGUUACGUCAUUCAUAGGGUCGUGUGACCAUCACUGCCGGCAGGGAUUGGACGAGUCGGAAGCGUUUGGUGACGUGGAGCUGACCGCGCAGUUCAGCAUGUUGGAGACGGUGCACGCGCUACAUCAGGGCAAAGUUUCCCAGGAACUACUGCACAAGCUGGAGGACGUGAUUGCGUGGCUCGAGAGGUCCCAGUCUCUCUCCUUCUCCGGGCAACAGCUCUUGGCCAUGGCCGUGGUUCAGUUUGCGGACAUUGGCCAGCAGCCGUCUGUUGCUUGUGACCUCCCUUACCUGAAGGGGAUCCUGCCUGCCUACAAGCAAGCUUGCGAUAUUUUACUCGGCCAGCUUCUGGAAGUUGGUGAAUCCAUCGACCUCGUUACCAGCUCUCCCGUCCUUCCUCUCAAGAACCUCUACCUUAGCCAGCUCCCGCACAUCGUGGACAUCAAAUUGAGGCUAGGGAGGGCACUGGCGCGCAAUGCUGUUGAUCUAAACGCCAACGUCGCACCGGCCUGGGGCGAGUCCGUCCGAGAACUAGAGUUGGGGCUUGGUCUAGCCCGCGGUAUUGCUUACCAGCGGCAGUCUGUUGAAGCGCAGUUGCUGUUCAGUAUCGGUCAAAUCCAGCGUCAGAUGUUCUGUACUGGGGCGACCCCAGAUCACGUGGUACCGGCGACGCUUGUAGAAGCUAUCAAGAAGUUCUACUCAUCGGAGCAUGAUCUUGUGUUGAUGCGACAGGCGUAUCUAGAAAUCGCCCUUACUUACCUCCAUCACCUCAAGCAGUCAAAAGAAGGUAUUCCCAUGCCUUCAACACCACCGCCUGCCAAGACCCCACGAUCCGGAAAGCAAUCCAAGGGAGACGCCAGGAACAAGAAGUCCAAGGAACUCCAGAAAAGCAAGGAAAUGGAUCACGAUAAACGCGCCGCAUGGAUAGCUAUCCGAGCCGCAGGAAUCGUUGCCAUGGCUAUAUAUCGUCUUAGGUUACUGACCGGUGACCCGGACAUUACCGCUUUAAAAAUGUCCGAGAACUCCGGUCGCUGCCUUCCCUCUUUCGCCCUGUAUGAUUUACUCGGAACAGAUGAUGUCGUAGCACCUGGAAGCGGGGCCCCUGUUGGUCAAGAUGGCACGGUCGUCAUGGGAACGACUGUCAAUAGCUCGGAUCACGUGCAGAUCACCUGGAUACAUCUUCUCGGCUACCUCUCUUACCUGCGCCGACAGUGCUCGUAUAUUUCACUCGGUGUCAGCUCGGAAGACGAGGACGGUCCGAGCUUCGGUCCUGUUGCUUUUACUCCAGUGUUUAGUAACGGCAGAGUGCAAAAGCUGGCCCAAGUGCACACUUUCCUCAAGAACGAGCUGGCGCCUUAUGCGAGUGAAUGCUGUGGGGUGUACCCUGGGGAAGCUUUGGUCGUCACCCCCACCCAGACGGGGCCCCAGAUGGUUGUGACACAAGCACGACAGCCACCAGUAGCUGCUGGCGAGAAAGCAGAUGAGCCCGCCAAAGACAAACAAGAUAUCAAAGAAGAAGGCGCGGCCAUAGACUCGCGGCCAUCUCAAGCUGGCGAUCUGGAGGUCUGCGUCCAGUGGUACAAACCCGAAUUGAACACACCGCUAGUUCUCGAGACAGCGGGCACAUCUGAGCAGAGUUUCGUUUGCCUUUAUGCGUUGAACCAAAAGGCAUUCAGUCAGGAUUCAGGAGCAGGGACUGGAUUCAUUAGGGCAGGGCUGCGCCACGUAUCAGAGGCUCGUCUCCAGGCCCUCCACGACUUGCUUAUCAAGACUUUGGAAAUGGCAGAGAACGAGCUUCAACCAACAGCUACAUCAGGUCGCACUAGCAAGAUUGAUUUGCCAGUACCCGAAGCAAAACCACCCGGGGGUACCCCUGGACGGAAGAGGCGUACAAUGGGUAUCCGGGCGCUGUCAGCUCGCCAAAGGAAAGAUGAUAAUAUACGCGCGAAACUUAAAGAGCAUAUCGCCGAUGUAAACGCCCUGAUUUCGCCAGACCGUCAUACAGAUAUCAAGGACGUGCCGUUUGAGGUGACCGUUAGAAACGUCACGAUCUUCGAGGCCAUGUUUGACCCAAGUCGUGGGUACACGGGCAAAUCGUCUGAAGCGUUCUUCAGCUGGAUAAGUUCCGUGUUCGACGCCUCCUUUUAAUGGCUUUUAUUGAGCCCCUUAGCGUUUGAGGGCCAAAUGGUUCGUUCAUAACUAAAGUAUAAGUGUGUUGUGAAUGAGGGCCAAUCACUUUUCUAUUAAAAAAAAUGAUUACA